GGCUUGGUAGGGGGAGCGUCGGGGUGCGCUCUGAGCAGGCUGCCGGGGCCAGGCUCUUCUUUAGUCACCUCGGCGAGGCUUCCUCUGGCAGCUCGGCCACGUCGGUUUGCCUGGCGCCUGCAGUGCCCCCGGCCCCUAACCCCGACUCGAACCUCCUUGCUUUCUCGUCUGGGGCUUCGCUGCUGCUGAGACAUGGUCACCGCCAUGCCUUAGUGGGAGAAGGACUCCGGGAAGCCUGCGGGGCUGCGAGGGAGAGGUUUUACCUGCCGGGACGGUCUCCUUCUCUUCGAAUUCUACCGGUGUUUCAGGGGCCCGGGCCCCGCCACGUAGGGCAAGUCUUCCCCGCUUCGCCUAUGCACUGGGAUUUCUUUCGGUCCUGACUUCCCUCAUUGGCGCUUUGUUUUGGCGGUUGUCGUCACACGUCAUUGUCAUCUCUUCGGUCAAAUUAUGAAAAGAAGUAUUAGGAAUUCCUCUGGUUGUCCCUUUGUUGAACGUCUUGUAGAAUUAUGCUUAGAGCGUCUCACCCUCAGAAGCAAGGAUCCAGAUAGCUAACACUUGUUGAGUUCUGGCAGGGUGUUAACGGGUUCACUGUGAGUCUAGAGCAGCCCAGCAGCCCCAUGUGCACCUCAGAGUGUCAGAGGUCACUGGCUUCUUCUCAGAGGGGAGGCAGAAUCUGUGGAUUAAAAAAGGGUUUCUCUGAUAAGCAGUACUGCACCCAGUGUGGGGCUCGAACUCAUGACCCCGAGAUCAAGAGUUACAUGCGCCACAAGCCAGCCAGGGUGAAGGCCAUGCCGCCCCCGGGGAAAGUUCCCCGAAAGGAGAACCUGGGGCUUCAGUGUGAGUGGGGGUCCUGCUCCUUUGUGUGCUCGGCCAUGGAGGAGUUCUGCGAGCACGUCACUCAGCACCUGCAGCAGCACCUGCAUGGUUCCGGGGAGGAAGAGGAGGAGGAGGAGGACCCGCUUGAGGAAGAAUUCUCCUGCUUGUGGCAGGAGUGUGGCUUUUGUUCUAUGGACAGUUCGGCUGACCUCAUCCGCCAUGUCUACUUCCACUGCUACCACACCAAGCUGAAGCAGUGGGGGCUGCAGGCUCUGCAGAGCCAGGCCAACCUCAGCCCCUGCAUCCUGGACUUCCAGAGUCGCAACAUCAUCCCUGACAUCCCCGAUCACUUCCUGUGUCUGUGGGAGCACUGUGAGAGUUCCUUCGACAAUCCCGAGUGGUUCUAUCGGCACGUGGAAGCGCACAGCCUGUGCUGUGAAUACCAGGCAGUCGGCAAGGACAACCAUGUCGUGCUGUGUGGCUGGAAAGGCUGUACCUGCACCUUCAAGGACUGCCGGAAACUUCGAGAGCACCUCCGCAGCCACACUCAGGAGAAGGUGGUGGCCUGCCCCACCUGUGGGGGCAUGUUUGCCAACAACACCAAGUUCUUAGAUCACAUCCGUCGCCAGACCUCGUUGGAUCAGCAGCGCUUCCAGUGCUCUCACUGUUCCAAGAGAUUUGCCACGGAGCGGCUCCUGCGGGACCAUAUGCGUAACCACGUGAACCACUAUAAGUGUCCUCUGUGUGAUAUGACCUGCCCGCUGCCAUCUUCCCUUCGCAACCACAUGCGCUUUCGCCACAGUGAGGACCGGCCCUUCAAAUGUGACUGUUGUGACUACAGCUGCAAGAAUCUGAUUGACCUGCGGAAGCACCUGGAUACCCACAGCAAGGAGCCAGCCUACAGGUGUGAUUUUGAGAACUGCAGCUUCAGUGCGCGAUCCCUCUGCUCCAUCAAGUCCCAUUACCGAAAAGUGCAUGAAGGAGACUCAGAGCCAAGGUACAAGUGUCACGUGUGCGACAAAUGCUUCACGAGGGGCAACAACCUCACUGUGCAUCUUCGUGAGAAGCACCAGUUCAAGUGGCCCUCAGGGCACCCCCGUUUUCGGUACAAGGAGCACGAAGAUGGCUACAUGCGGCUGCAGCUGGUUCGCUACGAGAGCGUGGAGCUCACGCAGCAGCUGCUACGGCAGCCACAGGAGGGAUCGGGCCUGGGAGCAGCACUGAGUGAGAGCAGCCUGCAGGGCAUCCUUCUCGAAGCAGUGCCAGGGGAGCCAGGACCCCAGCAGGAGGCUGAAGAGGAAGAGGAGGGUGGGAGCAGCGAGGGGACAGGCCUCUCAGCCUCUCAGGACACUCCCAGCCCUGUCAUCCAUGUGGUGAAUCAGACCAACGCCCAAGGCGAGCAAGAGAUCGUCUACUAUGUGUUGUCCGAAGCCCCAGGAGAGCCCCCGCCAGCCGCUGAGCCCCCCUCAGGGGACAUCAUGGAAAAGCUUCAGGGAAUAGCCGAGGAGCCCGAAGUCCGGAUGGUGUGAAGGCUGCGGAGCCUGACCAUUUCAACCCCAGGCCCCCGGGUUUGAGCCAGGCUGGUGGCUGUGCCCCUCGUGGGCAGCCCCUGCCAAUGGAGGCCUUUAAGAGUGGUGCCAAGAGCAAUGCGGUACACUCUGGACCCGGCUUGCAUCAUGCAGCAGGCUCUGAAGCCUUCCCUUUUCUGCCAUACUACGUUUGGUGGGGAUCCUGAGGAGUUUGGAUUCCUUGAGGGGGAUGCCCUGGUUGUGUAUGUUCUUGUAGAGGGGCUAGUAUCAGCCUUACCCAUAACCCUCUAGUCACGCUGAAACGGUGACUAAAAUCCUCUGUCAGCUCGCACCCAUUCCCAUCUUUAGGGGUCCUUAGGUCCAAGGAUGCCGUGUAACUGGUCCCUACGAGGGCCUUUUCCUCACAACCAGCCAAGGCAGCGUGAACCAGGCAGUUCUUUCCCUCCGAAGGGCUCCUACAACCCCAAGGACUUUCCUGGUUAUCCUCAGGGAUGGGAGUGGAGGCACUGAGUGUGGAACAGUUGUUUUGGUAAUAAAAGAAACACUUGGGCUGUUA